CUUAUUUUAUCUUCUUUCCAUGAAUAAAACAUCUUUAAAUAUUUUUAUGAAUGAUCAGGGGCGACUUAGAGAUGGGAAGGUUAUUGCUAUUAAAGUUCUUUCAGCUGAAUCAAGACAGGGUGUGAGAGAAUUCUUGACAGAGAUUAAAGUCAUAUCACAAAUAGAGCAUGAAAAUUUGGUCAAACUAUAUGGUUGUUGUGUAGAAGAAAACCAAAGAAUUUUGGUAUACAACUACCUUGAGAAUAACAGCCUUGCCCAGACUCUUCUUGGUGGAAAUCAAAGUAAUAUCAGAUUUAGUUGGCGAACAAGGCAUAGAAUGUGCAUUGGGAUUGCACGUGGGCUUGCCUUUCUUCAUGAGGAAGUACAACCACACAUUAUUCACAGAGACAUUAAAGCAAGCAAUAUUCUCCUUGACAGAGACCUAACUCCCAAAAUAUCAGAUUUUGGUCUUGCAAAGCUUAUACCACCCAACAUGACUCAUGUCAGCACUCGUGUGGCGGGCACAAUAGGUUAUCUAGCACCAGAGUAUGCAAUAAGGGGAAAGUUGACACGAAAAGCAGAUAUUUAUAGUUUUGGAGUCCUCCUUGUAGAAAUAGUCACCGGUAGAUGCAACACAAAUGCACGACUACCUAUUGAAGAGCAAUAUCUAUUGGAACGGACUUGGCAACUCUAUGAGCGAAGGGAGCUGGUUGUGCUGGUAGACCCAUCACUGGGUGGUGAUUUUGAUGCGGAAGAGGCUUGUAGGUUUCUCAAGAUUGGUCUUCUUUGUACCCAAGAUACUCCCAAACUACGACCAUCCAUGUCAACUGUGGUCAAGAUGCUAAUGGGUGAGAACCAGAUCGAUGAGAACAAGAUAACAAAGCCAGCCUUAAUUACUGAUUUCAUGGACCUCAAAGUCAGAAGUUCCCAGAGUCUCAAGCCUCGAGCAAAGAAGUCUUCUUCCUAUAACGCAUCAUCUAGCUCAGACAACGUGGACUCAACCUUGUCAUCAGGAAUCUCAACUGCUGCAACAACAACCUUCACUGCACAGUAUGACCAGAGCAUUUGAAAAACAAAAGAAAUCAAAAAGAGCAAGUUUUCAAUUAAUUCAUUUUAUUCUAUUUUUGAGUUUCAAAAAAGUGUAGUCCAUGUGCAGUCCACCAUCCGCAGAGUGCUAUAUAUCAUUCUCUCUGAGUUUUUUGUGUCUUGUUUUCUCGUGUACAUUGUGCAAGCCUGCAUUUUUUUUUUUUUUUGCUGCGUUAUAUAGAACGUAGCCAGAGUGAAUCUCUUGUAAAUGCCUAAGGCUAAAUUCAAGCAUUUUGGUGUGGAUCAAUUGUUCCCUUCCCUUCCUGCCCCAAACAAUGCAAUCCUCUUUAAUGGGAUGUGUAACACCUAUUGCCUAGAAGUCUUGUUUGAAUAGAGUUUCUGUAAAACUCUUGUAAGAUGCAGAACAAUAGCAUGAAAAUUAGUGCAAGUUAAUAAAUUUCAUUAGAUUCA